ACCAUGUGAAGAACGCACGACUCGCCAGGGUCUCUGCCCGCCGUUCCGAGGAAAGGGUCUCGUCUGUGUCGGCUCCUUUCCUUUGGUGGUGUUCUUUCUGCUGGCAGGUGACUUGAGUGUCAGACUGCUUUUAAAUGCUCCGCAUUCCCUGCUUGUCCGGCGUCCUCGGCUGCUCUGGUAGUGCCGAGUUGAAAUAGCUCUGCCUGGAGUGUUAAACAGGGUUCUAACGGCUUUGCUUCUUAUUCUCCUUCGUUACUCCCUUCAUAGCUGCUGAUUCCAUUAUGGCGAAAACGUUCUCCAAGGACGACGUUGCGUCGCACAGUAAAACCGAUAGUCUGUGGGUUGUCAUCGACGAAGACGUGUACGACCUCACCAAAUUCCAGGACGAGCACCCAGGUGGGAAGAAAAGUAGGUGUUCCCCCCGCUGCUGUUGUCAAGGGAUGGGCUGACGAUGAUACCCCCUCCAGUCCUUCAAAGGGUAGCCGGGAAGGACGCGUCGAAACAGUUCUGGAAAUACCACAAUGAGGGUAUCCUGAAGAAGUUCCAGGGUCGGCUACAGGUGGG